UGCCGAAUUGAUAUCCCGUUUCUAUAUAUAAAACAGGGCAAUCUCAGCGUAAUAUACUUUCCUCUGUUGUGCGAGACUCGUAAUGUGUCUUCGAGCUAUUAACGUUCUGUCGGUAGUUUCAACGUUGAUCGAUGUGCCUCUUCCAACCGCGCGUCAAAUUUCCGAUCUACGAAAUUGAAAUUAGCAUAACGGACGCGCCGGAUUUUUUUCACAGAACAGCCAAUCGCUAAGAAAACCCGCCAGUUUUGUAAAAUAGAUCGAGAGAGGAACACACGAGAUGAUGAUGAUGGUAAUAGCGAGCGACGUUCUGAAUACAAGCAGGAGCUCCGAGAUAGAGGAAUACGACGACAUCGAUGAUUUUUACAUACCGUAUGAUCAACGACCCGAGACUUACAUCGUGCCCGUAGUAUUUUCAAUAAUCUUGGUCGUGGGUGUCACGGGGAAUGGCACGCUGGUUCUCAUUUUACUAUGCCACGCCAAUAUGAGAAAUGUGCCGAACAUUUACGUGCUAUCUUUAGCCUUGGGCGAUCUGUUGUUGAUCGUGACCUGCGUACCUUUCACGUCUAUCCUUUACACACUUGAGUCGUGGCCAUGGGGCUUGUCUAUCUGCAAAUUGUCCGAAUACGUUAAGGAUAUUUCGAUCGGUGUGUCGGUAUUUACUCUGGCAGCUUUGGCAGCCGAAAGGUAUUGCGCCAUAGUGAACCCCAUUCGUCGCCACGUAGCGGGUUUGAGUGCGAAACCGUUAACCGUUUUAACGGCAUCCCUUAUCUGGGUGUUAGCGAUUGUCUUAGCUCUGCCAGCCGUACUCUUCUCCCAUGUGCCGGCUAUAGUGUUGGGAGGAAACCACAGCAUUCUAAUCUGCAGCCCUUUUCCCGCAGAAUUCGGAGACGGGUACCAGAAAGGCAUAGUAAUGUUCAAAUUCCUGGCGUAUUACGCGAUACCAUUGUGCGUGAUAGCCGGUUUCUAUCUAGGUAUGGCACGGCAUCUAAUAUUGUCUACCAGGAAUAUGCCAGGUGAACUUCCCGGCUGCGAACAGAUAAGGGCACGCAGGAGGGUGGGCAAAAUGGUAUUGUCCUUCAUAAUCGUUUUCGUGAUUUGCUUUCUACCGUACCACGUGUUUAUGCUGUGGUUUCACUUCUGGCCCACCUCGCAGGACGAUUAUAACGUUUUCUGGCAUAUAUUCAGGAUAGUCGGUUUCUGCCUCAGUUUCAGCAAUAGCUGCGUAAAUCCCAUAGCUCUCUAUUUCAUCAGCGGCACGUUUCGUCAAAGCUUUAACAAAUAUUUGUGCUAUUGUCUACCGGAUGGCUGCGUCGUAUGCGGCGGCAGUCGUAUGGAAAGAACUGGAACUCACGGCGGCGUUGGUUCUUCUCAAAGAAGUCGCGGCAUACGUGGUACGUUUUACGAGACCAGUUUCGGUUCCACUUUCCGCAGACACACCCAGGAAUCGACCGGGGUAUUCGAGAUGGCCAGCAUAGAAAAGACUAAGCCUAAUCCGUGCGAUCGGAGGUUGCUUGCGGAGUAAUUUCGAAAGUUUAUAAACCGAGCAUGGACGCUGAUUCAAGUUACAGCACGAAUGCACUCGCGAUAAAUCAGCUCAUUGCUAAUGAUGACGAGCUGAAACGGACUCAGAACGUUUCGUCGAAACGCUAUAACGUUCAGGCCGUAGAUCACGGAUUAUGGUCGAGUGACCGUAAAGAAAUGCGAUGACAGGUUUUGAAGAUAAUUCUCAUUCGAGUAAUUGGGCGAUUGAUGCGAAGAUGAAACUUAUAAGUGUCCACUUGUAAUCUUUUUGCUUGAAGUUUGGAUUUAGAAUUAUACGUAUACGAUAUUUUUCACUCUAUGAUACAGAAUCAGUAUACAUCUAAUCUUUUUCGUAUGUUAAGCGUUUACAUACUCAAACUGCGAUUGCGUUGUUCACAGGAUUUUUCCAUGAUAAUCUUUAUUCAGAGAUUAAUUAUGCAAAUGGAUGAAGCAGUGAGAAAAGCAACGGCAUAUUGGAAUGCGCCUGAUUAAUUUCCUUUUUUUACAUAACAGGAACUUUCUCUCUCUCUCUCUCUCUACUUCAAUCUAAUAAAAAAACUAUCGAUACUCAAUUUUCUAUUUUUUUCAAUUUGCGUUUUUAAACGAUUAGGAAAAUGGACAUCGAAUACGGAAGUUUUAGUCUUUCUAUCACUAAAACGUAGUAUACAUGAAGAAAUAUUUCGUACUAUAUAUGCGUGCUAAUAUACAUUUCUUGUUCAAUUUAGUCGAGAAGUUAUUGGCAGUUAGCUGCCAUUAUCCUUACAUACUUUCCUCGCACUUAAAAAGACUAGGUUUUAAGGAUAGAUCUUGAGAAAAUACGACCGACCAUUAACCACUUUAUACGCUGGUUGAAAUUGUAAAAACAACGAAAGCCGAAUUCGCUCGUUAAUACGAUA